AUGCUGCGGCGCAGCCGCUACCGCAUGCGCGGUGCUGCACCACUUUUCAUCGUCGCCAUGGCCCUGACAUCCCUACUCCUCAAGGUCUCCAUAGGCCUUCUCAUGGUUGUAUCCAUCAUCGAGCUCUCCCUGGUCUCCGCCACCGUCGGCUUCCUCACACAACGUGCAAAGGGGACCUUCGACAUCGUCUCCGGCGACUCAACCUUCCCCAUCUCGGGCGAGCCCGCAAACCUCAUCGUCGACCAGGGCCACACCAGCAACGGCGCCUCAGGGACGGCGUUCAUCGUCAUCGGCUGCUGCGGGAUCCUCGCCCUCUGGCUGCGAAGCCGCCCCGGCUACCACGCCAAGUCCUCCGCCGGGCUCUUGAGCCGCGGGUGGUACAGGCUGUGGCUCGGUCUCAACAUCCCCGCGCUCCUGUUGACGCUGGGCGCCCUGGCUUUCACCUUUGCCGUGGAUAACGCCCACGACGGGCAGAGGAUCGACCUCUCGGUGGCCAGGGCCUUGAAUGGCGACGCGUACCCCGCGGAGACGUGGACGCCGCAGAACUGGUUCGACGCGUUGCUGAAGCUGGACCUUGCCAGCCAGACGGACAGGAGCGACAUACAUCGGGUCUCUAGGAUCGCUAGGGGCUGGCAGUACAACCUGAUCCCGUUCUUUGUUGUGCAGCUUGCGCAGACGGUGCUGGCUUUGCUGGAGGCUUCGAGGAAGAGGAAGGCUGACAGGCAGUAUGGGUAUGGCGGCGUUAAGAAUGACGUUGGGUAUGGUGGCAAAUGA